AUGUCCGGCAUCCCGCCCUCCCCCCGCUUCUACCAGCAGCCGCUGCGCUACCUCAAAUGGGCCUCGUUCAACAAGCCUGCAUACUUCUACAGCAUCGUCGUUGGCUGCGCUGGCCCUAUUCUGGUCUUCACCGUACCAUCGAUCAGGAGGUACCUGGGCGAGGAGCCGAUUCCUAAGAUCCCGUUGACAUACCCGAUCCCCAAGGGCCAAAGACCAAGGCCAACCGGAUUUGACGAUGAGUAG